AUGAAACUUCGCCGGCCAGUGCUUUCUUUCCUAUCCUUUGGGUUGCUCCUCGUCCAGCAGCGGGCUGAGAUGCCCCGACGAAGUUACCUUUACGACAACCGCUACGCUGGGCAUAAAGUGAUACGGAUUAUACCAGAGAAUGACCAAAUGGCGGAGACAUUGAAGAUUCUUUCUCAACAACUUAAAGUGGACCUGUGGCAACCAAGCAGCCUGUCUCUCAUCUCCAAGGGUGCAGUUACAGAUGUGCAUCUGUCAAGAAAUAGUUCACAGAUUCUUCAGUUCUCCUUAGAGCAAGCAAACAUCCAAUAUACAGUCCUCAUAUCUGAUUUGCAAAAAACUAUAGAAAAACAAAGUGAUUCAAAGCCACCCAGGAAUCGUAGAUCAUUGCCAGAAUAUAGUUAUGAAAUAUAUCAUUCCCUGGAAGAAAUUCAAAAUUGGAUGUAUUAUUUGAACAAAACUCAUUCUGAACUCAUUUACAUGUUCUCUAUUGGCAAGUCAUAUGAGGGAAGACCACUUUUUGUGCUAAAGCUAGGCAAAAGAACAAGAGUUUAUAAGAAAGCUGUGUGGAUUGACUGUGGAAUUCAUGCAAGAGAAUGGAUCAGUCCAGCUUUUUGCCAGUGGUUUGUGAAAGAAGCUCUUCAGACAUAUCAAAAUGACUCAGCCAUGAGAAGAAUGCUAAAUCAAUUGCAUUUCUUUAUCAUGCCUAUUUUUAACGUGGAUGGAUAUCAUUUUAGCUGGACCCAGGAUCGAUUUUGGAGGAAAACAAGAUCAAAGAAUUCAAAGUUCCACUGCCAUGGAGUAGAUGCUAAUCGUAACUGGAAAGUAAAAUGGUGUGAGGAAGGUGCUUCCCUUCAUCCCUGUGAUGAUACAUACUGUGGUCCAUUCCCUGAAUCUGAACCAGAAGUGAAGGCUGUUGCUCAUUUUCUUCGCAAACACCAGACUCAGAUGAAAGCCUAUUUGUCCUUUCAUGCGUAUGCCCAAAUGCUAUUGUAUCCGUACUCUUACAAGUAUGCAGAUAUUCCAAAUUUUAGUUGUGUGGAAUCUGCAGCUGUUAAUGCUGUAAAUGCCUUGCAGUCUGUUUAUGGAAUAAGGUAUCAAUAUGGUCCAGCUUCCAGAACUUUGUAUGUGAGUUCUGGGAGUUCAAUGGAUUGGGCCUAUAAAACUGGAAUCCACUAUUCAUUUGCCUUUGAAUUGCGUGAUACAGGUCAUUUUGGAUUUUUAUUGCCUGAGAACCUAAUCAAGCCAACCUGUAUAGAGACCAUGCUGGCUGUUAAAAAUAUAACCAUGCACCUUCUUAAAAAAUGUCAUUUAAGUGUUGCAACCAAGUUUUAAUUUUGUAAUUGUUCUUAAGAAUACAGUGUGAAGUCACUCAAAUAUAGAAUAUACCAUUUUCCACUAGUGGAAACCAUUGAAAAAAGAAAUUUUCUACAGAUAAAUACUCAAAUCUUUGAUACAUAUUCUAGGCCAUGCAUAUGUGGUAUCAGGACAUACGAAGGCAGAAAUCCUUGAGUGUUUCUAAAUGAUCAUUGAUGAAAUUAUGAAGGGUAGAAAUGAGAAAAAGAAAAAAGAAAAAUUUCAAGUGAGAAAGAAGCAUCAUGGCUUUAUUCAAAUUCAUGUCUACCAAGAAAAAGGAUAAAUUAUGUAAAAUUUUUGUUCAGAUGUGCUUUAUCUGCCUAAUUUAUAUGUUAUGAAUCUUAGCUUGGCCCAAAGAAGGAUCAGCAUUUGCUCAAAAUGUUGAUUUUUGAACCACUGAAAGUUAGUCAUAGCUCUAAUAUGUAUAACCUAAGCAAAACGAUUUGCAAUAAUAAAGCUAUUUUACUGCCAGAGUUAGGAUCCUAUGUUUAUUAACAUUGGAAUAAAAUACAUCAUGCAGCAAAAGCAUUGGCAAGACCUGUGUAUUAACCUCAUGGGAGGAAUAUGCUGAGAAUAGAGGAUACAGUAUAUUCCUGUAUGAAUGUCACCAAAGAGCUACAUUCCAAAAUUAACCUUAAGAUUGGAAACAUCCUGAUAGAAUAAUGUUCUAUCUUACCUAUUGCAUUUAUUAUAUACUCUAUUUUUUCAUGUCCCAAUUGUAGAGGAAUAAUAGCAUUUAUUUUUACUAUUGUGCUUUGAACUCCAGGGAACCUAUUUCAUUUAAAUUAUAUUUUAGAACUCUCCUUCAUAGCUACAGAUUGAACAACCUUUACUGCUAUCACCUUGGAAAUGUCAGUAUGAAGUCAUUUGAUUCAGUGUAGAAAAUGGAUAGUGCAAGAUGUAAUCAAAGGGUCAACUCACCCAAUAAGUAUUGCAUUUCCCCAGGCACAUUGAAAUGGAAGAUCUACUGCUAUAUGGAAAGUAAGUAAAUAACAGCCAUAGUAGAGAAGGCAAUCUCAACCUCUGAAACCAGGACAGAAACAGCUAUUAUAUAAAUAUCUAGAUAAGAAUCAAUUGCCUUCUCAGAUCACAUGAAUUGAAAAAGUGUAAACUUUUGGUCAUUUGCAGCAUAGCACUGCAUAGCUGCAGAAAUUGUAACCAUUCUUUCUGCGAGAUAGCAAGUGAUAAAGAAAGUAAGGCAUCCUUAUCAGUCUGCUUGGGUUUCAAUCAUGUACCACUUUCUAAAUAUAGAAUUUCUAUAGCAUGCAAGCACUGAAUAUUUUAUAAUAAAUAUGUACAAUAAUGGGUGGCUUUAUAAAUUGAAUAAAAUACCUUCUAAAAUCCCAAAGGUGCUUUUCCAAAAGGCAACUGGACUUUCUUGGUUGAUUCCUUGAAAAUCUUUCGCUUCUUGGAUGAGAGUGCAGUCCCAAGAAGUUUCCACACCCAUUUGCACUCUGAUUCAGAUCACUGAGGAUACAGCUCAACCUGCAAGUGGCCUCAAGAACUCUGAGAGAGCUAAUGACAAACUUCAGAGUGCUAAUGACCAGAAAUAUAAAUCUUUCCAUUUCCUUCUAUUCACUUAGAACUGAAGUUUCUUGGGUAAGAAGUAAAAUGUUUUCAAGGUAUAAACCAAGAAAGUCCAAUUGCCUUUUGAAAAAGCACCUUGAGGAAAACCAGGACCUAGUCCUAGAUGAUUGAGAAUCUCCAUGGACAUAUUUCUUAAAAUAGUCACAUAGAUGCUAUGCUGAAGGUAAAUUGAGGGUAUAAAAGAACACCUCACACAGUAAAUGUGCAUUUUGGCAUUCUGCAUCAGGUUUUUAAUCUUUUAAAAACUGGUACAUAUGCAGCUGUAAAAAUAUUGUUCAAGUUUGGAUAUAAAGGUGUGCUAUUAAUCUGUUGAUGGCCAAGGUUGAUUUGAUGGAUGAAGCUGUCAAGUUCCUUUCUUUGUUCUUCCAUGUAUAUUCCCAUGAGAUGCAUGCUUGGUGGAAGUGGACAACCGUUUCAGAUAUAAAUAGUAUAUGAAGAAUGAUCAAGAGUAUAUAACUUCAUUUCUGUGCUAGAACCUUCAAACUUAACAAUGAUCAGCUUUUCAUUUAUAGAUGACUGUUACUAAUUGACCACCAUAUUUAGCUAAAAUAUUUUUAGCACAUACCUAAAAAUAAAUAUAAAAAUUGG